UAUGCUUUCUCUCUCUUGCCUUCUCUUCUCUCUCUCAUCAUUGCAUCUUUUUUAUAUCUCUCUCUUGCACACUCUCUCUCAUCAUGUCUCGAGUCGGCUCCACUUUUCUCUAACAUCUUCUUUUCCUUUAUCGUCUCCUCUGAAUAAGUGUUAGUACAAGCCUAGGGUUCUACUUUCUCCCUCCUUUCUGUGCGUUGCAUUAUAAUUAGAGGGACUCGGGCUUGCGAUUUUGGUUCAGAGAAUACGUUCUGGUUUUCGUUUCCUUCAGUUUCAGUUUCAUUUUUUGAGUUUGUGCGUGCUGUGUAUGUAGUUCCGCGGGUUUCUGGCUUUUUGCUACUUUUUUUUGGGGGGGAGGAUAUUUGAUGGAGGUUCUUUUGAGUGGGUAUUGUUGGGGUCAAAAGAAAGUGGAAAUGCUGUGACUUCAUUUAUGAGGUUCUUGCUUUGUGGAAGACGUACAUGUGAAGCAAUUUAUGCUGUUUUAGUUGCACUUCUUACUAAUUUCAUGCUGAGGCUCAUUAAUCUUGGCUUUUGACUCUGCGGUGAGGGAAGAUUUUGGAUAUCUAUGGCUUUUGUUUAAUGCUCCCUGCAUGUCCAGCAAUCUGGAUUCACAAUUCGGAUUGCUUGCUUGCUUGCUUGUGAUCACGAGAACUUAGACUUCAUUGUAGCUCAAGUACCUUUUGGAGAUUGAGACUUACAAAAUUUUAUAUAUAUAUAUAUAUAUGGAAUAUGGACAUAGUACCAGGCAUUUGUGUAUUGCGUUUGAUCUUUGGAGUUAAGUUUGGGGUUUAUUAACCAAAAUUUUGGGUGUGACUGGUGAUGGAGGAUAUUGGAUUAUUCAAUCAAGGUUGGAAAUGGUUGCAGUCAAAGGCUUGUUGUUCUGUGUCAAGAGCUGCUUUGAGCUGUUUAAGAGACAAAAUUGGGAUUUUUAUGGAGAGGCAUUGGCCAAUGGUUUGUUGUGGGUGUUCUAAACUUGGAAGCAGUUUUCUGCUGUUAUUGGUUUUUUGGAGGAACUGUGUUGUUUCUGGAUUCAAGUCUUUUAUUGGGCUGGGAUCGGCCGCUCUGCUUAUCAUAAUGUGGAGUUGCUUUCUAAGCUUAACAUCGAUGACGUGCCUACUCUACGUGCUUCUUAGUAUGGGAGCAGCUGGGGUUACUGUUCAGUAUUUAGGCUACACCCCUGGACUUUUUAUCGUGGGGCUGUUUGCUAUUUUGAUUUUGUGGAUGUAUGCUAACUUUUGGAUAGCUGGUACCUUGUUCGUAGUUGGUGGUUAUCUAUUUUCAUUGAAUCAUGCACGUAUAGUGGUUUUAUUGGCAACUCUAUAUGCUGUGUACUGUGUGAGAGUUCGAGCAGGUUGGUUUGGAGUUUUUCUUGCGAUUAACCUUGCCUUCUUAUCACAUGAUGUAUUGAACUAUUUGAUCAAAUGGGGCGACACUCUAAGUGAAAAUAAUCACUUCGAGGAUCAUAAGGAAUCUUGCACAUUUACAGAAGAUAGUUUCUCUUCGGAGUGUGAGUAUCCUGCUCCUACCGAAGUAAAAGGAGAAGAUGAAAAGUUGAAUUCAUUUAAAUCAGCUACCAAACCUGCAAGCCCGUCAUCAUUUUAUGAAAACCCGAAAGAAGCUGCUGUGAAAAAAGUGGUUAGAGAAGAUGUGAAUUCUGUAGUUGAGAUGCAGAGAAUUAUAAGAAGUGCCAAUCACUAUGAAGCACUUGGAUUUCCAUGCCAAAAGAAGAUCGAUGUUGUGUUACUGAAGAAGGAAUAUCAUAAAAAGGCCAUGCUCGUGCACCCUGACAAAAAUAUGGGUAGUCCACUGGCAAGCGAAUCAUUUAAGAAACUUCAAUGUGCAUACGAGGUUCUUUCCGAUGAUGUGAAGAAGAGGGACUAUGACGAACAGCUCAAAAAAGAAGUAUCUAGGUGUGUAAUGCGAAAAUCAUCUAGCACUUCUCAUCAGAAUCCUGCUGAUGUUUGCUCGGAGGAUUCAAGGCGAAUACAUUGCACGAAGUGUGGCAACUCCCAUGUCUGGGUUUGUACGACUAGAAACAAAGCUAAGGCGAGAUGGUGUCAGGAUUGCUGUCAAUACCAUCAAGCCAAAGAUGGCAAUGGAUGGGUUGAGUACAAAGGUUCCCUCGUAUUUGACCGCCCUCAAAAGGUGGAGAUACCUCGUGCUUUUGUAUGUGCUGAAGGCAAAAUUUUCGAUGUUUCUGAAUGGGCUAUAUGUCAGGGGAUGGCUUGCAGGCCAAACACCCAUCGGCCGAGUUUCCACGUAAACAUGGUUGGGUUGGAUAAGUCGUCGAGGAGGUCCAACUCAAGUAGGUAUCCAUGGGAUUUGGACGCCGAGAUGAUGGAUGAAGACGACGACUUUGAAUUGUGGCUCCAGCAAGCCCUUGCUUCCGGAAUAUUCUGCGAAUCUUCGAAGCACAGGAAAAGCUGGAGUCCCUUCAAGCUCCCGCAGAAAAAGGGGAAGAAGCUUUGGCGUCGAGCAUCUUAGAGAAGAACAACAACAGCAUCUUAGAGAAGAACAACAACACGAUUCCGGUAUCAUCACCAUUACUAGUAGGCUGCUCAUCUUGCUGCUUAUCAUAUACUUGUUUCUGUAAAUAAUCUCGUCGUUGUCGAAAUCGAUCGGGUUUGCGGUUGCGCAGCUUCAACAAGAGCUUGAAAUAUAAGAACAGCUUAGCCAUGGUGUUUGUGUUUGUGUACAUUCAUUCAUAAAAGUAUUAUGCAUAAAACUGCAGAUGAAAUAAAGCAUGGCCUUUUUGUGCUUUCUUCUU